UUAAGUGGGUUAGAAGUAGCAUCAACUGGUGGUUCUGGUCUGUCCAAAUCCCUCCCACUCUCUAACGGAAAACACUUGUUUAUCUAACCCCUUUCCUAUCUAUAUAUUCUCUUUUAUUUCCCACUUAUCUUCUUUCUUCCUCAUCAUCAUCUUUUCUUCUUCCUACACAUACAUGAUUCUGUGACUUUUCUUGAUAAAUAAUCCCUUUUGAGCUUUGAUUGUUGAGUUUGCAAACAAGGAAAAACUGAGUUAGGGCUUGAUCAACCUACAUAUAUAUCUCUGUUGUUUUGUCGUUGAGAUGUGCAGUAGAGGCCAUUGGAGGCCGGCAGAGGAUGAGAAGCUGAGGGAAUUAGUAGAAAGAUAUGGACCUCAUAACUGGAACGCCAUAGCUGAGAAGCUUCAUGGUAGAUCAGGGAAGAGUUGUAGGCUGAGAUGGUUCAAUCAACUGGAUCCAAGAAUCAACCGUAACCCCUUCACGGAGGACGAGGAGGAGCGACUCCUCGCCUGCCACCGGAUUCAUGGCAACCGAUGGGCCAUAAUAGCGCGGCUUUUCCCAGGACGCACCGACAAUGCCGUGAAAAAUCACUGGCACGUAAUAAUGGCUAGAAAAUGCAGAGAGAGAUCAAAAAUCUAUGAGAAACGAUCAAAGAUUGAUAACGGCAGAGGGAAAAAUUCGAGCUUUAAUAGCCUUCAAGAGAGGUUCAAGUGUCCGUUGAGAUAUAAUUUUCAAAUUGCAGAGUCGAAUGAGCCUCAAUUUUGUCACACACCAAUUACUAGAAUGAACAUAGAUGAAGAAAGAAGCAAAGGAGUGGAGUUCUACAACUUUCUCCAAAUCAAUACUGACUCAAAUAGAAGUGAAGUAAUAGACUAUGCUAGGAAAGAGAAACAAGACGACGAUGACGAAGACAAAGAAGAAGAAGUUGAUCAGAAAGAAGCUUUGUUUCAACGAAACGAAAUCCCUUCUUCUCCACCAUUUAUUGAUUUCUUAUCGGUGGGAAAUUAAUUCUUUUUGAUUCACAAAGAGAGAAGCAGCUUAAGAAACAGGAAUCUUGCAAAAAGUAGCUUAAUUUCAAUGAUCCAUAUACCCAAAUAGAGUCUUUCAAUGUAUGUAUCCAUUAACAAAAUUGAAAUCAUUUUUGAUGCAUAUGUAUGAAAUAUACAGUAUGUAAUUUGCAUGCAUGCAGCUUAUUUAAAUAUGUACUGUAAUCCAUACUGUCAAUGAGAAAAUUAAAGCAAAUAUAC